AGUACGAACUAUUUCGAAGAACGCGCACUCUUGUUCCCUCCUCCUGCUAAGGAGUCCGACUUCCCAAGCACGUCAGCUUAGUAUUCUAUCGAAAGUGAAAAAAAAGUGCUCCUAGCUUUAUAGUUUUGUUGAACAUUUACAUCCGGAAAAAGUCGUAUCUUAGCUCUUAAUUAUUUCUGGCGGCGCUCUUCGGCUUCACCACUUCAACGUACACCGUAUUUUCACAUCAUCGAACAUCACAAAAUAUUUCCUUCUCUUUUCUUUUGUGUCGGCCAGCAAAUGAAGCGACUGGAUCGAAUUCGCGAGGCGCUGGAGCAGCUGAACCCCACCCCGCCCCAGGUCGACGCAUCUGUCUUCCAGCCGCACAUCAGCCCGCGCAUUCUCGGCGAGUUGGUCGAGUGCUUCUUUUACAUCUUCUUCCCCGAGUGCACAAACCCGCCCUCGCAGACCACCCCAACCUACACGCAGGCGGAUGCGAUGAUGGAGUGGGUGUUGGGGCACGUCGCGGACACCCUCACGGCACAGAUCUACUUCGCCUUUGUGCUGCACGGCGAUACGCAGGCAGUGUUGGAUACGACCAAGUUCCGACCACUGAACACGUCGCAGCGGACCCAGCUGAACUGGAAUGGUGCGAGCAGCAAGACCCUGACGCUCUUUUCGAUGGAAGGCAGCAACCAUCACAGCAGCAACGGCAAUGGUAACGCACACGAUCAGGAGGUGGACAACACGAGCGAUUUUUUGAUUCACAAGGUGCUGGCCAAACGGACGGGGGCGAACAAGCUGCCCAACCUCGUUCAGUGCGACAUCCCUGUAGCGGACGACACGAAGCGCGAGAGCGUCAUGCCGGCGAGCGACAACAACUAUUCAGGUGGGCAGAACCAUGUCUUUCUCGCCAACUGCAAACGGAAAGCGGACGCGAUUGUGUCGAAGUUUUUGACGGAGCGUCUUGCCCAUGUUCGCUGGCUCCUGCACACCGACGUAGAGGCCAUUUUCAAAGGCGACGUGGCCGCUUCCUCACCGAGCGAGGUGGUGCUGUGCUACCCCGGUCUGCGCUGCAUGGUCCACCAACGUGUCGCGCACCAGCUUCACCUCCUCGGGGUGCCGCAGAACUUUACGCGGAUGUUAACAGAGCUGGCGCACUCCAGAACGGGCAUUGACAUUCACCCCCACACGUCCAUUGGCCAUCACUUCUUCAUGGACCACGGCACGGGCAUCGUCAUCGGCGCCACCGCCAUUAUCGGCAACUACGUCUCCGUGUACCAAGGUGUCACACUUGGUGCUCGUAGCUUUCCGACGGACAAGAAGACAGGUGAGAAGAUCCGCGACCUGCCGCGACACCCGAUCAUUGAGGACGGGGUGACACUCUACGCGAACGCGGUCGUGCUGGGCCGCGUCACGAUCGGGGAGCGCAGCACCAUCGGCGGUAACUGCUGGGUCGUACGUGAUGUGCCGCCUUUUUCUUCCAUUGUGCAGAAGGCAGCCCACGUAUUGCAGCCACACGAGCGCAUGUUCCUGGAGAACUUCGGUUCAGGCAUCUAG